CGACAUGGCGUCGCGUAAAUUCUGGGUCGCUUGGUCGCGCGCCUCCAACACGGAAAUGCGACACGGCGGCUCUUGACUACUGCGCCGCCCAACUCUCAGCUUUGACGUGAUCGCUGCUUUAAGAGGCCUGACGCCCAUCAUCGCGAAGCGCUUUUUGCGCAAAUAGUCCAGACAUCCCUUCUACUUGGCCAUCUCUACUUCCCCCUAGUCUCGGCGCGUCCCGGCGCGACCAGAAUCUGCAACAUGGGGAAGCUACUUCGGUUGGAGCUCUCCAACUUCAAAUCCUACAAGGGUCACCACACACUCCUUUUUGGUGAUUCCUACUUCACAUCCAUCAUUGGACCCAAUGGCUCCGGCAAAUCCAACUCCAUGGAUGCCAUCUCCUUCGUCCUGGGCAUCAAAUCGAGCCACCUGCGGUCGACUCAUCUCAAGGACCUGGUCUACCGUGGCCGUGUCAUGAAGACGUCCAAGAUCAAAGAGGACGGCUCCGCAGAAACCCCAGAGACCAACGGCCACUCCAAUGGCGCCCAGAACGGCGGUGACGAGUCCUCGCGAGCCUCACGAGGCGACCCGAAAACUGCGUGGGUCAUGGCCGUGUACGAGGACGACGCAGGCGACGAACAGAGGUGGAAACGAUCCAUCACGAACCAGGGAACCAGCGAGUACCGCAUCAACGACCGCGUCGUUACCUCCCAGGCGUACAACCAGGCUCUCGAGGACGAGAACAUCCUGAUCAAAGCCCGCAACUUCCUCGUCUUCCAGGGCGAUGUCGAGGCCAUUGCCGCCCAGUCGCCCCAGGACCUUACCCGUCUCAUUGAGCAGAUCUCUGGUAGUCUCGAGUACAAGGCCGAGUACGAGAAGCUUAAGGCGGAUCUGGAGCAGGCUUCUGAAAACCAGGCGUUCAUGCUGCAUCGUAGGCGGGGCAUCAACUCGGAAAUAAAACAAUACCAGGAGCAGAAGAGGGAGGCCGAGGUGUUCCAGAAGAAAACCGAGGAGCGGGACGAAGCCAUCGUGAUGCAGAUUCUCUGGAAGCUAUACCAUUACCAACGCAUCAUGGACGGGUCGAAUGAUACAAUUCAGGAACACCACGAGAACCUCAAGGAAGUCCGACGCAAUGUGGAUGCCUUUCAGAAGCAGCUGGAUGCCGCCAUGAAGGAGCAGGCGGCCGUUGGCCGAAAGGCCGGCAAGAUCGAGAGAGCCAUCAAAGAGAAGGAGAAGCAGAUCGAGGACGAGGAGAAUAGCCUCAUCCCGAUCCAGACAAAAGUUCGGGAGAGCGUCAACAGCGCCGAAGUUCGGAACAAACACCUCGAGAACCAGAGCAAGGUGCGCGACGAGCAGGCCGAGGCGGUUCAGCGACACACAAAGGAGUUGGCCAAGGUGGAGAAGGAUGAGAAAGUUUUCGAGGCGCAGUGGAAGGAGAAGCUGAAGCAUCAGGGCAAGGAACUGAACGAGGCCGACCGAAAAGAGUACGACCUUCUGCGCCGUCAAGCCGACAACAAGGUUUCCGACAACAAGCUCAAGCUGGAGCAGCUUACCAGACAACUCAAAGGCGACGAAGUGACAUUCAACAGUCUGCAGAGCAAAGUCGACGUCUCAGAUUCGGUGGUGGAGAAGCUGCAGGCCGAGGUGGAAUCCAUCGAGAAGACGGAGGAAUCGCUGCAAAUCUCGGAGCGUGAACGGGCCGCCGAGAUCGAAGAGAAGAAGAAGGCCUAUAACACCUCGCAGUCGGAGAAGACGAGAAUCCGGCAGUCGCACACCGAGAUCGAGGAGAAGCUCCAGCAAGCUGCAGCAAAGCUCUCAGAGGCGACGGCGGGCAGGCACCAGAGUGCCAAGGAGAGGGAUAGGAAGGAGACCUUGGCCAAGCUGAAGCAGCUCUACCCUGGCGUCAAGGGCCGGGUGGGGGAGCUCUGCAAGCCCAAGCAGAAGAAAUAUACCGAAGCUGUCGACACAGCCCUCGGUCACGACUUCGACACCAUUGUGGUCGAAACCAACAAAGUGGUUGACGAAUGCCUGGACUACCUCAAGAAGCAGCGGCUGCCGCGCAUGCACUUCAUCCCCCUAGACAACAUCAAAGCAAACACCCCUUUCUCGGCUCUCAAGGGCAAGCCCGGCGUUCGUCUGGUGAUCGACACCAUCGAUUUCGACCCGUCUGUCGAGCGCGCCAUGGCCUACGCCUGCGGUAGCUCCAUCGUGUGCGACAACUUCGAAAUCGCCAAGUCGAUCUGCUAUGACGAGAAGUUCGCCGUCAAAGCCGUGACUCUGGACGGCAAGCUCAUCCACAAGGGCGGACUAAUGACGGGUGGUCGCUCGCAUGACAACAACAAGGGGGGCAGGCGCCGGUUUGACGAGCAAGAUGUCCAACACCUGCAGGAGAUGGUGCGGGAGUUCCAGAACCAGCUGGAGGAGCUGCGGCGUAGGGAUUCAGAGCUGCGCGACACCGACUACAUUAGGGAAGAACUCUCCAUGCUCGAGCGGGCGGUCAAGAAUGAUCGUGCAGAGCUCAAGGCGCUCCGCAAAAACCUGCAAAGCAAGCGGAAGGAGCUAGACAAUGCCGAGACCGAGCACGGGAAAUGGCAGUCCAAGUUGGAGGAAAAGUUGGGGGAACUGGAGCAGUCGCGACAGAAACUCACGCAGUUCAAGGACGCCAUCGCCGCUGUCGAAGACGCCAUCUUCGGCAACUUCUGCCAGAGGCUCGGAUACGCGAAUAUCCGCGAGUACGAGGUGCAGAAGGGUAGUCUGGAGUCUCAGGCUGCGGCAGAACGUAACAAGUUCGAGAUCCAGAAGCAGCGUGUGGCUUCCGCCCUCAGCUUCGAGACAAACCGACUGAGCAACACGGAGAAGAGGUUGCGCGACUUGCAAGAGACCCUUGAGCGCCUCCAGGAAGACAUCGAAAACUACAGGCAGCAAGAGGCAACCGUCAACGAGAACCUGGAAAGUCUGCGCGACGAGCUGACGGCCUUGCAAGAGACUCUCGAGGAAGUCAAGCAGGACCACCAGCGCAAAGUUGCCAAGGUCCAAGAAGCGAGGGCCGAGGUGCAGAGCAGAAGCAAGGAAAUCGACACGAGGCAAAAGGAGAUCGAUGCUCUGGAGACCGAGGUACAAAAGAACAGUGCGCUCAAGUUCUCGCUCUUGCGGAAAUGCAAGAUUGAGCAGGUCCAGAUACCGCUGAAGAAGGGCUCGCUCGACAAGCUGCCCAACGAGGACAACUUGCUGAAUCCUGAUGCGGACGCCAUGGAUGUGGAUGAAGGCGACGACGGAAUGAUGGAGGCUGCCAUGGACGACCAUGGAAUCGAGGUCGACUACAAACUUCUGCCCGACGAGUACAAAAACUCCAACGAGGACCGUGUCGAGGAUGCGCUCGAGAGUAAGAUCUCGGACCUCAACUCGGACCUCGAAAAGCUGAACCCCAACAUGCGCGCCGUGGAGCGCCUCGAGACGGUCGAGACCCGACUUAAGCAGGUCGAACAGGAGUUCCAGAAAUCCAAGGCUGCCUGGAACGCUGCCCAGGACGCCUUCAAUGACGUCAAGGCAAAGAGGUUUGAGCUGUUCGACAAGGCCUUCAAGCACAUUCAACAGCAGAUCACACACGUCUACAAGGAGCUCACCCGGUCCGAGGCCUACCCUAUUGGUGGCCAGGCCUAUCUCGACAUGGAGGAGGACACCGAGACGCCUUACCUGUCCGGCAUCAAGUAUCACGCCAUGCCGCCGCUGAAGCGCUUCAGAGACAUGGACCACCUAUCCGGCGGCGAGAAGACCAUGGCCGCCAUGGCACUGCUCUUUGCAAUCCACAGCUACCAGCCGAGUCCAUUCUUCGUGCUGGACGAGGUCGACGCCGCCCUGGACAAUGCCAACGUCGACAAGAUCAAGAAAUACAUCCGCGAGCAUGCUGGACCAGGCAUGCAGUUUAUCGUCAUUUCCCUCAAGCCCGGGCUGUUUCAGGAUAGCGAGAGCCUUGUCGGCGUCUACCGAGACCAGGACGUGAACAGCUCACGUACUCUAACUCUCGAUCUUCGCAAAUAUCAAUAAUGCUUACCGGAGAUUUGUCAUGUUCUUGGACGCUUUACUCAUUCGGGCCGGCUGGAGUUGUCGAUGGCGCCUGGGGCUAUCGUUACUGUUUUAUCAAACGCGACCAUUGUUUGAGGCGCGUGUUUACUUCAACUUUGGUGUGAAUACCACGGCGCUUUUGUCACAUUUUCUUGCAUUUGUAGACACACUUUUCUCAUAUCCAAGAACCAGCUCCUGGAUCUCACCCACCUUUUCUCGGCGCUCAACUGUUGAUUUAUGGACGAUCCGACAUGGGAAAGAUUAC